GUAGAGAAAAAAAUGAAGUCAAAAGGUACAGAUUUUUUAAAUGACUAGCUUUAAACUGGGAAAAAGAAAGUCUCAAAGAAUUCGAAUUGCGAACAAACUUCCCAGUUCCCAGGCUCCACUGGAAUUGGAAGGAAUUUAUAAAUUCCAAAGUAAAUACUUUUUCUUUUUUCUUUUGGGGUCUGCAUGCGAAGACUUUUUGAUCGAUAAUUAUCUUCAUCAAAUUCACUUCAUUUCGUUCUUGUUCUAUCCUUCCUUGCUCGGAGUUUUGAGGAGAAGGGGAUUCCGAUAAUGGGGUCAUCUAUUCCUCAGGCAGCUAUGCAUAAUGUGUUCGUCUAUGGUAGCCUCCUAGCUGAUGAUGUCGUCCGUGUGCUCCUGCAUCGCGUCCCUCGCUCUUCGCCUGCGGUACUACGAGACUUGUAUGUACUUUUUAUGCGCACUCAUUUUGCAAACAGUUAGUUUUGACUCAUGGGUUGUUGUCUAUUAACCUCAUUUGUCAAACUGUUUGCAGUAAAUUGAGUGCUAUGCUGCCUUAGGAUAAUCAUAACUGUUUGCAGCCUUAAUUUGUUUCUCUACUGCUAUGCUGUUUCUGUUGACAUUUAGGCUUAAGCUUGUGUCUAGAUUAGAGUCUGGACUUUCUAUAAAUAGUGAAAUGGGAGAUGGAAAUAGGAAUUGCAGGAAUUAUCAUGUCAUUCGUGACAUUUCUUGUACCUUAAUGUAAUCAUUUAUAAAAUAUUGCCUACAUGGAGGUCUGUAACUAAUUAACAGGGAGCGUGAAUUAAGUGGUGAAGAAGAAAUCAAAGUGUCUUUGGUGCAAUAGUCAUCGGGAGAAGCCUCUCAAUCCGGAGAAUUUCUAACUCAAGGCCUUAAAAGUGCCUUGACAAACACUGAACUUCAGCCUCAACGUUUAUCAGGCUUCUUUCAAUUAGGAUUAAGCUUUUUUUGAUUCCUGAGUUGGUUUAUGAUUUAGUUUUGGUGCCAGGAUAAAAUUUUGAUUUUGUGAGAUACUGCUAGUUGGAUUAAAAGAGACACACAUCCCUAACGUAGUAUUAAGUUUGAGGAUGAGACAUUAUGAGUCGCGUGAAUUUAUGUUGUACCAAUGGCGCAUUUGCGAGAUUGAUGCUAUUUUAAAAACAUGGAAUGGGAUAAAUUUUCCUUGUUUGAUGUUAUUCAACAUAUGAGGAAGAGUUUUUUAAUUUACAUUUCAGUUUGUCUGUGUUUUACGCUGCUACUGUUUGGUAAAGUGGCAGAGAUGCCUACUUUUGAUGGUAGUGUAUUUUAUCAAAUAUUAAUUUUAUUUUGAAGAUGCAACAUUACUAACUUCAUUGUCUGUUUACUGCAGCCAUCGGUUUAGCAUCAAAGGAAGAGUUUAUCCAGCCAUCCUACCUAUAGAGGCUAAAGAAGUAGUUGGAAAGGGAACUGGAUAGGUUGCAAAGGAUCUUCCGUGCUCAUCUGAUAGAUUGUUAGUGCGUAUUCUGCAACAUGGCACCCCAUGCAUGUUAGCUCCUGCAUUUGCAGAAUCCAUGAGAUGCCCAUGCCGUUAAAGCUUGAUUUAUGCCAUCAUAUUUUGCAUCAUGGAGAGCUGUUUCCCCAACUUGAAUCUGUGGCCCAAUUUCAAAUGGCAACUACUUAGUAUAAUGGAUUUCACAUUUCUAUGGUAUGAACUUAGAUUUACAUUUUACAUUCAGGUUCUAUUGGAUAUUACUCCUUUUGAGCUAGAGAUUCUGGACUAUUUUGAAGAUGAUGAGUAUGAAAGGAAAACUGUUGAUGUUUAUCUAAUGGAUACCUCUGAAAAGAUGCAAGUGGACACAUAUGUAUGGUGCAACAAGUCUGACCCAAAUUUGUAUGGAGAAUGGGAUUUUGAGGAAUGGAAACGGUUGCACAAGGAAGAUUUCAUAAAGAUGUCUAUGGGUUUCAUGGAAGAACUUCAGCUCCCUGAAUCAAAGCCUCGGGUGGCAACUUACGAAUCCUUCUAUCAGCAGAAAGAUGAUCGCACUUCAAUGGCAUGAUGAUCGAGACUCGCAGCAAUCAUGUAUAUAAAAUGCUGAAACUUUCUUUCCAAAUUGGUCGAAUUAGUUAAAAUGGUGGACUUGUAGUUGCCUAUCGCCAUCUGGAUUUGAUUAUAAAAAAUGGCUUGAUUACAUCAAUCGCAAGUUCGCCAACAAAAUACCAAUUUAUUUUAUUAUUACUAGUAUUAUGCCUGCACCUUGUGCGGUGAUAAUGAUAUAAGCUAUGUUUGGACAACAGUUUUUUUCAAAAAAAUAUUUCAUUUUGCCACUCAGUUUCAAAUACCGUCGCCCAAUUUUGUUUGGAUAAUUUUCAACUUAAAAUGGCAUUUGAAAUACCUCUUGUUUUCCAUCCUUAAUCACUUUUCAUUACACAUUUUAGUCCAAGUUCUAUGUACCCCUACAAUUAAAAAAAACGAGCUAACUGUUUCGGAUAACCCUAUUUGUUUUUAUUCCCCUUACACUUUUAAUUCAGAUCUGUUAUUGUAUUGUUUGUCGUGCUAUCCAAACAUAGAAGAUCCACCACCCAUCACCUUUCUAUUCCCAUCUGGUGUUUGAAUUGGUUAAGUGCCGCACUGAAGACGUAUUGGAGGUUCCUUUCCACCGAAUCAUACGCUCGCAGAAAACUCAAUUCACUGUACUACGGAGCUGGAGGUUCUCUCGGCAGAACGAUUUUUGGCCAUUUCGAGUAACAUUGGGCAUCUUGAUGUUAUUCACUUAUACCUUGUGUGUAAGCUCAAAUGGCGUUGCUUCAUUACUCUAUUCAUCGGGAUGUACCAAUGGUUUAAGGGUUGGUUACAUUGCUUAUGUACACACCCUCUUUUCGAAUUUGUACAGAAUCUUCCGUUGUUUGUUUGCCUCAAUAUGUCCUGGACCCUUGUUUUUUUUUUUCAUCUUCGUUAUCUAGACUCGUGCUUGGAGUCAUUUCCCACCAUUUCGCCAAAUCGGGUCGGACCUGCCUUGGCUAUACUUACCUUCUACUUGGGUUUGGGGAUGUUGUAGUACUAUUCACAGUUAC